AUGCACACGACAGAAAGUCUAAGGGAUAUUCCCCCGGCGCUUCAAUCCAAGUCGCUACAUCUUUUAACGGAAAAUACCCCAAAUGGUAAAAAGGUCCAGAUUCUACUUGAGGAGCUUCGAAUUGCAAACCAGAUCACCUGGGAAACGCACCUCAUUGACUUGGAAUCCGAGGAACAGAAGAAGGAUUGGUUCCUCGCGCUGAACCCUAAUGGCCGAAUACCACUCUUGUACGACAAUACGCCAGAUCUGCCUAUUUGUGUAAUGGAGAGCUCAGCGAUAUUGAUAUACCUACAUGAGAACUUCGACAAGGACAAAAUCUUUGGGUUCGACACAGCCGAUGAGCGAAGUCAAGCAUUCCAAUGGUUAUUCUUCUGGCAUGCAGCGGCUCCGAUACAGGGACAAACUAGGCAUUUCUCUGAUAGACUCGGCGAAUCGUUCCUAUAUGUGAAUACACGCUUGAGGAAUGAGAUGUUGAGAAUCUACUCUGUGUUAGACGACCAUCUCAGCGGGAAGCAUCGAUAUUCCAUUACCCGAGACUACAUAGCUGGCGCAGGUGUGGGUAAGUACAGUAUCGCGGAUAUAGGAACCUGGCCACACGUCAGGGCCUGGAGAUCUCUAGGCUUCUCGCAUGACGACAUGCUGGCAUAUCCUCAUCUGCUGGAGUGGAUUUCCAGGGUCGCGGAUAGACCAGGUGUCCAGAUUGGUAUUAGCGACAAAUAUGAUAGCGAAGAAAACCCAAGCCUGAUAGUUCGAGGGAUCUAG